CUUCUCUGUUUCCCACAUUCCUAUUAUUCCCAUUCCCACCUUCACCGCUCUUUCUUCCUCCUCUUUUUUCCAUCUUGGGUUCUCUGAGAAACCAAGCAAUUCUAUCUCAGAAAUCCAUAAGCAACACUCAGCUACAGUAGUAGGAUUCAGAUUUUGGUUACCACGUACUGUUGGAUUGUUUUGCAUCGAAGUUGAGGGCAGCAGAGAAAGAAGAGAGCUUCUUGUUCUUGGGAGCAGCAGCAGCAAAUGGGCAACUGUUUAGAUUCUUCUGCUAAAGUUGACACAGCUCAGAGCUGUCUUGGUACUUCAGCGUCGGGGACUUCCAAAAAUUCCAGCAAAACCAGUCCCUCAUCAGCUGCUCCCUCCACCUUGACCAUUUCAUCAUAUAGUGAAAAGAGCAAUGGUUCAAGUCUUCCUACCCCAAGGACUGAAGGUGAAAUAUUGUCUUCUCCAAAUCUAAACCCGUUCUCAUUCACUGAGCUAAGGAAUGCCACCAGGAACUUUCGCCCUGACAGUCUUCUCGGCGAGGGAGGAUUUGGUUAUGUCUUCAAAGGAUGGAUUAAUGAAACCACGUUUACAGCUGCAAAGCCAGGGUCAGGAAUGGUUGUAGCCGUCAAGAAGCUCAAACCUGAAGGUUUCCAAGGUCACAAGGAGUGGUUGACAGAAGUUAAUUAUCUUGGCCAACUCUAUCAUCCAAAUCUUGUUAAGCUUAUUGGGUACUGCUUGGAAGGUGAAAACCGACUAUUGGUGUAUGAGUUCAUGCCAAAAGGAAGCUUAGAGAAUCAUCUAUUCAGAAGAGGGCCACAACCACUUUCAUGGGGAAUAAGAAUGAAAGUCGCCAUAGGUGCUGCCAGGGGGCUAAAAUUUCUUCAUGAAGCCGAAUCACAAGUUAUUUAUCGUGAUUUUAAGGCUUCCAAUAUUUUACUUGAUGCGGAAUUCAAUGCGAAACUUUCUGAUUUUGGCCUGGCCAAGGCGGGUCCCACGGGUGACAGGACCCAUGUUUCUACUCAAGUCAUGGGUACUCAAGGCUAUGCAGCACCUGAAUAUGUUGCUACAGGUCGAUUGACUGCUAAAAGUGACGUUUAUAGUUUUGGGGUUGUAUUGUUGGAACUAUUGUCUGGACGGCGAGCUGUUGAUAAAACAAAAGUUGGCGUGGAGCAGAAUCUUGUAGACUGGACAAAACCAUAUUUGGGUGACAAAAGAAAACUAUUUCGGAUUAUGGAUACCAAGUUGGAGGGUCAAUAUCCUCAGAAAUCAGCCUAUACAGCUGCUACUCUGGCUUUACAGUGCCUAAGCCCAGAAUCUAAACAAAGGCCUACAAUGUCAACAGUUUUAGCAACACUGGAACAACUUGAUGCCCCCAAAACUGCUGCCAGAAUCUCUCAAUCAGAGCAGCAGGGAGUUCCUCUUCAUCACCACAGGUCCCCAAUGCGACAUCACCGUUCCCCUUUAAAUUUAACACCCAGUGCAUCUCCAUUGCCAUCGCACCGGCCGUCUGCAUGUGUUCAUUGAACGCAGUUUUCUUUCUGGAAAUUACUCAUUUGAUUCCAUAUUUUGUUUACAUAGAAUCAAGUUUGGGUCUGUAUUUAUCACACUUUUCAGUUAGUCUGAGGAUGUAUAUUGCUGCCCCUAAUUUCUGAAUAUAUGCACAGCCUUUUUGUGGUGGUAAUGUGGUAAUCUCUGUCUUUAUUAUAGUUGUGUAAAAAGUUAGCUAUCAGUUUAAGUUGCA